UCUUUUUUCAUGAUACGGUGUUUUAGUUGGCUUUUCUUGGCAGGGUGAUUCUAUGGUAUCUGCUAAUCAAACAAUACUUAUGUGAGAAGUUUCUUGCGUUGAUGAUUGUAUAUACUCUCUUCGUCCCAAAAUUCUUGUCUUAAAUUUGUCUAGAUACGGAUGUAUCUAAUACUAAAACGUGACUUGAUACAUCUGUAUUUAGACAAAUCUAAGACAAGAAUUUUAGAACGGAGGGAAUACUAUAUUGAUGCUACAAUGUCAUAUGUGGACGCUUCAUUUUUUGAUGGUGGGAGGGUGGACAGGACUGCUGUGUUUUUACAAAUUGUUUGUUGCCGAUUAAUUGAGAAAUCGGUGACCCAGUAAAAAUAGUGAAUCAAAUUCAAAAUUGAAUAUCUAUAGUGAAUGAGAGAGCUUGUUAAGAAAUGGUUGACCCGGUCAAAAUCAGGAACUAAAUCUAAAGCUGAACGAUUCACUUGAAUGGGAGAGAUGCAAAAUUAGGAAACAUAGUAAAUUAAAAAUAGUUAACCCCGUCAAAAUCAUGAAUCAGAUCAAAAUUGAAUGGCUCAAUUAAAUGGGAGAGCCCCAAAAUUAGGGAGCAUGGUGAUUUGAUGAUUUUUAUAUUUCGAAAAUGAUUUGUUGUACUGUAUUUGAAUAUGAAAAAAGCAGUUUUUUGCAUGUUUUGUGCGCUAUAUAUUACUACGUAGUAACAGCACUGCAUGGAUAAGGAUAGUGGCCUAAUCACCGGAGCCAUCGGAUAUCAAGCAAUCAAGUGCGCCGGACGUCCGGGUUAGUAACUGCACUGCAUGGAUAUAUAUUUUUUUCAUAUAUUUUUGAUGCGUUUCUUUCCGUAUAUACACCUCGGGCGGCUGGGCCAAACAUACAUAAGCCGAUCCAUUCCCACAACCCUAGCACCCACCGAGACGAGCGACAUGUCGGGCAGGAAGGUUCCCCGUCUCGCCGCGCCGCCGACGACUCCGCAGGCCCAGCUGGCUGGCUUGUACCAAGACGACGAGCCGUUGGGGCCUCUGGUCGGCCGGAUCGCCGGCGCCAUCCAUUUCCGCCAAGCGACGUCACUCACCAAGGCUCUCCAUCUCGCCGCGCCGCCGCCGACCCCGUACGCCCAGGCCCAGGUCGGCGCGUACCAUGACGACGAGCCGCUGGAGCAUCCUGCUGCCGCCGGGGCGCAGGCGCAGGCGCCGGCAGAUGACGGCGGGCUGGUCCUCAAGACGCAGUGCGAGUUCCCGGCCCUCGGGAGGGGCGCGUCCCGGGACAAGUUCGCGGUGCUCGUGCACGUCAGGGCGCCGGCCGACGUGGCGCGCGCGCCGCUCGACCUCGUCACCGUGCUCGACGUCAGCGGCAGCAUGGACGGCCAGAAGAUGGAGCUGCUGAAGCAGGCCACGGGAUUCGUCGUCGACCAGCUCGGCCCCGACGACCGCCUCUCCAUGGUGUACUUCUCCGGGGAGGCGACCCGGCUGAUCCCUCUCACGCGCAUGACGGUCGCGGGCAAGGCCCGGGCCAAGCUGGCCGUGGAGGGCAUGGUCGUCCGAUGGACGGGCACCAACAUCGGCGAGGGCUUCCGCGUGGGCGCCCAAUCGUUCAUGCCACCCCCCAAUCGCACCGCCCAGGAUUACAUGACGCUCGUGCCGCCUUUGUUCACGCACGCCGGCACCCGGCCUGGGCCGAUCCACACGUUCGGCUUCGGCGCCGACAACGACGCCCUGGCCAUGCACACCAUCGCGGAGGCGACGGGCGGCACCUUCUCCUUCAUCGAGAACCAGGCGGCGAUCCAGGACUCGUUCGCGCAGUGCAUCGGCGGGCUGCUCUCGGUCGCCGUGCAGGAGGCGCCCAUCGCCGUGACGUGCCUGCACCGGGGCGUGCGCGUCCAGGAGAUCAAGUCCGGCAGCUACGGCAACCACGUGGGCGCCGAUGGCCGUGCCGCCUCCAUCGACGUGGGCGAGCUCUACGACGAUGAGGAGAGGCGCUUCUUGGUGCUGGUGCACGUGCCGAAAGCCCGGCCCGUGGAGUCGGUCACCCGGUUGGUCAAGGUGAGCUGCACCUACAAGGUCGCCGCGACAGGGCAGGCGGCCCACGCCGCGGCACCGGCGGCGGUGAUCCAGAGGCUGCUGGAGCUGGAGCUGACCGAAACGCACCCUCCGUCCAUUGACGUGGAGCGGGAGCGCGUCCGGCUUGCCGCGACGCAGGACAUCGCGGCCGCACGGGCGGCCGCCGAGGGGGGACAGCACCCCGGCGCCGCCCGGAUCCUGGAUUCCCGGCUGAAGGCCGUGGAGCGGUCGGCGCCGGGGGCGGCCGGCGACCCGACGUGCGAGGCGAUCAAGGAGGAGCUGCGCGACCUGAGCGCGUGCGUGGGCAGCCUGCGGGAGUACCGGAAGACGGGGCGCGCGCGGCUGCUGGCCGGCAUGAGCUCGCACGCGCAGCAGCGCGCGUCGGCGUCCACGAGCACCAGUGCUCGGGCCUACCUGACCCCCAAGAUGGAGGAGAUGGUGGAGGCGUCGCGGAAGCAAAGCAGGAAGCGUGGCGGCAGCCAGCAGCCGUGGAGCCAGCUUAAACAGAUCAAGCACGACCUGACCUGAGCGCGGAUUUCUGAUCGAAACAGGGCGGGUUGAUUUUGGCUUUUUAUUCGGGAAGUCUUUAGCUACUUUUACGAGUGAUUGUUGGUAGUGCCCUCUUUGAACUUGUUGUUUACAAGUUUUUUUUACCUCAAAGAAACUUGUUAUUCUGAACCUUCGUCUACACGUUUACAAAUUCUACUGCUGUUUCUGUUUGCA